AUGGAAAUCAACAUCAAUCAUGAGGUUGAAGAUACCUUCUACCGGUACAAAAUGCCGAAACUUUCGGCUAAGGUGUGUUUGCACGUAUCGUUUACCAGUUUUUAGGUCGAAGGGAAGGGUAACGGAAUCAAAACGGUGAUAGUCAACGUCACAGACAUAGCGAAGGCACUCUAUCGCAAGCCGAUAUGUAAGUCCACAUCCGUCUGCUUAGCAUGUUCAGAUGUCACCAAAUACUUCGGGUGUGAGUUGGGGGCUCAGAUUCACGUUGAUGAAAAAAACGAACGGUACAUAGUAAACGGUGCUCAUGAUGCUGGCAAACUCCAGGACCUGCUAAACGGUUUUAUCAAGAAGUUUGUCUUGUGUCCAAGUUGCGGCAAUCCAGAGACCACUUUGGUACUUUUCUAAUAAACGCUUCAUUAAGUACUUAAGCACGUCAAAAAGAAGGCGUCUGUUGUUGGGAUCUCCUGCAAGGCAUGUGGCAAUCGUGGCCAACUGGAUCCAAGGCAUCGGCUGACGCAAUUUAUCAUAAAAAAUCCUCCAGUUGAGGAGGCCGCAUCGGAAGAGCCUUCGCGUGGGCGAAAAAACCGUCGCGUCAAAAAUGGGGAGCAGAACUCUGGUAGGUUUCUGUCUCCAAACCUCACCCUCUAGAUGAGGAUGAACAUUCCCCCGUUGGUGACAACGGCCACUGCAGUCCAGUUAGAGCAUAUGCCGGCGAUGAUGAUGAUGACGUCGAUUGGGGCGAGGAUACCACGGAGGAGGCGCAGCAGCAGCGAUUGGGUGAACUUUCAGCCUUGGCCAGACGCUUGGCCCUUAGCGCAGAUGUGGAAAAGUCAGAUUCUGAGCGUGCUGAUAUAUUUCUUAAACAAGUAGACCAAAUGAAGAAGAAGGGUGAUAUUGUCGCACAUGCUCAUGACUUGAAGAUGGAAGCUGAACGGCUUAAACUAGGCAGCCGAGCCGUCCUGGUCGUUGCUGAAGUUCUUCUUUCGGAUCCCAAUACAAUGCUGUCGGACAUUUCCACAUACCGCUCUGUGUUCAUACAAUUCACCAGAACUGGCGAGCAGGCCCAGAAGGCGCAGGCUUACGUCCUCGGAGCAAUGUCCAUCAUAAUUGAUAAGAAUUCGUCCUGUAAUUUAAUGGACAAGGCCUGCCACAUUCUCAAAGGUUUGUACGACUGUGACAUCGUUGAAGAGGAAGUCAUCCUCUCGUGGUUCGAGAAAAAUGUAAGUCCAUUAAAUUGACUAAGAAGCUCUAGGGUGCCAAGCGGUUUGUGUCGGCCCCAGUUGCUGCUAAACUAGCGGAGGUCUGCAGUCCCAUGCUUAAAUGGCUUGCGGAAGCUGAAGAAGAGUCCUCAGAAGAAGAGGAAGAUGAGAGCGAGAAGGUCCCUGCGGUGCCUGCUCACAGGGCCUCAUCGGUAUGUUUCGUUUAGUUACCUAAUUUUGCUAGACCGAGGUCCCACCGAACAAGACAAAAUCACCUGAAGUUAAUAUGGAGAGCGGCAGUGACUCUGUCGAGGACGACGAUGACGAGAUUGACAUAGAUGCAAUAUGA